GGCUCUUGUGACGCCACCGGGGAGGAACCCGGGCUCGGGGCGCGGUCGCUUCUCCUCGCCGCGGUGAUACUCCCUCGUAGAAAGCAACAACAACAACAGCAGCUGCAGCAGCAGCAGCACUGCGGGUGCCGCGACCGAGCAAAAGCUUCAACCACACUGUCAAGUGCCGAGCAACUUCACCGUUUGCUGCUGCUGCUGGUCCUGCUGGUCGUGCUAGCUGCUGGUGCUGCUGGUAAACUUUCCCACUGUGACUUUGAGAGAGGAAGAGGGAGGAGGAGGGGGGCUCUGUGGAGGCGGCGGCGCUUGUCAAUCCGGUUGACUUGCACGCGAAGGAGCGCAACGCGUGCCACCCAGCGAGCACGCGAGGCCUGAGACUGCGCUCACAACGCGGAGUGCGUUGCGCGGUUCAAUCGGCUCACGGCCGGGCGAUGGAGUCGCUCGUCAUGCCGAGCACCUCGGAGCUGAGCACCCUGAGAGUCCUCGAGUCCCUGGACAGACUCCUGGGCGAAGUGGAGCUCCUGCAGGCGGAGGCAGCGAGACUCGGGCCGGCGGCAGACGGAGACGAUCGCCGCCUGUCACGCGAUCGGAACCGACGUGAGGCGUCUGGCCCGGCUCGAGGAGAAGGGGCACGCGGCAAGCCGCGAGCUGCUGGCCAGGGUCGCCGAGACGGGAGGGCAGGUCCGGGCUGCCCGGGCUCACCUGCUGGUCCAGGGCCACAGUUUGAGCGCCGUGGCUCAGCACGCGCGGCUGCUUGGGCAGCGCAAGGCGCCGAGGAUCCUCGUGGUGAAGCUAGGCGCCAAUACCCCGCCCCAGGCCGUACGCACGGCGCCGGGAAUGGCGAUCGGAGUCGGAUCCGACCGGCGCUCUGUCGGGAACGAGCACGCGGCCCUCAACGGUGCAGCCUGGCUUUCCCGGCACGAGCGGCCGGUGCCAGGAGCCCCGGGGCCUCCUCGAGGGCCCUCGAGCGAGAGCUGCACUCUCGACGAGCGCACAAUGCGUCCUGCAGCACUAGCGGUGGGGGAGUCAGCCCGGCCGACCCCCGUCCGCGGCGCCGGCCAGGUCAGGCGGCUCGACAGCAUCAGCGAGGAGGAACGCGCAGAUGUCGGUGCCUCGCCGAGUGGGGCCACAACGAAGCGGGAAUCGGGGGAUCCCGGUUUGGCUGCCCAUGAGCCCAGCGUGAACUGGGCCGUGGGAGAAGAGGAGGAGCGUUCCAUGGGUACGGCUGCCACAGCUGGAAUGUCCAGAGGGGGUGCGUCGGCACCGCCCGACAGUCCGCGAGGUGGUGCGACGGCGACGAUCGGCACGGCGGCCCUCUCUCGGUUCAGCGAGGACAUCGCGAGGACUGUGACGGAGCAGGGCACAGCCGCCGCUCACUCCCUACUCAACGCCCGCUGUCCCCCGGCCGCUGCCGCCAUGGAAUAUUCCCACGGCGGGAACAAAGCCGGCGGCCACGAAGGCGUCGACAGCGGGAUCAGCCGGGCCGGCGGCGCGAUGGAGGAGGAGGCGACGGAGGCGGUGAUGGAGCGAGCGCGGCCGCCCGAGAAGAGCGCCGGGCCAAGGGGCACGCGCUCCAAACGGCGCCGCAGGACGGCGCCGCCCGCCACCGCCGCCGGGCCCCCCACUAGCCCCGCAGGGUUCCGGAUCGCCCAGAUGGCGCCGUGCGUGUGCGCCGAAGCAGAGCUACACCUCAAGGCCGGGCACGAAAUCGCGAGCGCCUGCGAGGAGAUCUCGCGGGCAAUGGAGCGGUGCUCGCGGCCCACGGCCCCCGCGGCCUCCACCCCGCCAGGAGACGAUCGCCCCCUGCCGCUUGAACUGCCCAGGCGGCAGGGACGAGGCCUCGGCGAGGAUGAGGCGGAACCGGAAGAGAGAGCAACGGUGCCCGGGCGCGACGGGAGCCCGGUGAGAUCGCGGACCGAAGUCGGAGCUUGGCAGGACGCGGACGACGAUGGCGCCGUGGGGGCGCCUGCUUGGGCGAAAGACUCGGGAGGCGCCGGGAGAGGGCAAGAAGGCAGCUCAAAGGAGCGGGCGAGCGAGGGGCAAGGCGAGGAGAAGGCAGCAGCAGCGUGGUGCGGGAGUGGAGGAACCCCUCGGGAGGAUGAGCGGGGAUGCGUGGAGCAGACGGCCCUCGCAGUUCGCUUGACACCUCGAACGACAAUGACCGCCGUCCACCCGGGGGAGAACGGGUGCCCCGUCCCGCUGGGCAGGCCGGGCGGUCAAGGGGAGACAUCGACGCAGGCCGCAGGGAUGCACGGUGGGGCGCAGCGGGCAGCGCACGAGGCAAUCUCGAGGGCGGCCCACCUCUCCGGCCUGUGCGGCGACAUCGCGAAGCAGCUGCAGCACCAGCAGCAGAACCAGCAGCUGAACCAACAGCAGCAGCACCAGCAGCAACAGCACCAGCUGCUGAACCAACAGCAGGAACUCCAACAACAGCAGCAGCAACAGCAGCAGCAACACCAGAGGAAUGCUCCUGAAUGUGCCGCCCGCGCCACGUCCGAUUCUGCGGAGGGCCAAGGCGGUUCAGCCCGCGGUCCUGAUCCUGCUGCCGGGCGGAAACGUGGCACGGAUGGAGUGGUGGGAGCAGCGAACCGGCCAGGAGAGCGCGAGGGGAAGGUUUUGAACGCAAGGGCGAUUUCUGAAGUUGGCCAAGUGGAGGAGAACGACAGGAAGGGCUUGGCGGGGACAGGCGGCAGAGAUGGAGGCACGCCGCACGGGAGUGAGGGUGGGCGGAGAUUGGCGAGGGAAGGCGCGAUGCCGAAGCGGCAGUACGCGCACGCCAGUGGCGGCAGAGGGGCAGGGGAGGGGAGGCUGGAUACCAGGCCGGCCGUUAAGAAGACCAGGAAUGUGGAAACGAGGAUCCGUGGAGAGUCGGAGGGCCUCAUACCGAGACAGAAACGGGGGCAAGGUUUUAGAGGAAGAGUCGGCCCAUUGCACAUUGAUGACGAGCUGUAGUUUCGAGUUGAUGUUGUUGAGCCCAGCGAGGUCUCGAGAUUUUGUUGAGCCCGGUGAGAUCUCGGGAUUUUGUUGAACGCGGUGAGAUCUCAAGAUUUUGUUGAGCCCAGUGAGAUCUCGGGAUUUUGUUGAGCCCAGUGAGAUCUCGAAAUUUUGUUGAGCCCGGUGAGAUCUCGCGAUUUUGUUGAGCCCGGUGAGAUCUCGGGAUUUUGUUGAGCCUGGUGAGAUCUCCAGAUUUUGUGAAGCUCGGUGAGAUCUCGAGAUUUUGUUGAGCCCGGUGAGAUCUCGGGAUUUCGUUGAGCCCGGUGAGAUCUCGAGAUUUUGUUGAGCCCGGUCAGAUCUCGAGAUUUUGUGGAGCUCGGUCAGAUCUCAAGAGACCAGGAUAGGAGUCUCACUCGCAAGAGUGCGGCCAGUAGGAGGCAAAGAUUGCCAUGCAGUGUCCCAAUUGAGUAUUUUGUGACAUGAAAUUUUGACCCACACACACCGGCACUCUUGAGAAUGACAUUGGGGGGAUCUUUAACGUCCACUCGGAAGCAGAUGGCGGCAUGUAGCAUUGUUGUGGUUAACACGCAUCACAGUAUUAGCCAGGGUGGCCACUGGAUUCGAACCGUGACACCUCUGCAACAACAAGAGACAAAUGCGCUACCGCCGGGGGUACCUUUAGAUAAUUCCAGUUAUUGUAACACGACGAUCUUUAUCUUAGCCCAGCCAAUCAAACUCCUGUAGCCAUGAUCAUGCCAUUAAAUUAAUGGCAGUGCAUAAAAUCUGAUGAUGAUAGUGAUUCAUGACUAAUCAACGUGUGGUGGCCUCUCAGACGAGCAGUGAUUUAUGAAUGAUGCAGUAAAAGGGGUUUCUCUGCUUUCGUGUUAUCUUCAAAACUCCCAUUGGUCACGAUGCUUCUUAUUUUGCAAACAAGUUUUAGAAUAGCGGCUUCUCCGUCAGUUCACUCUGCUUCCUGCCGGUCGUCUAUAGCUACUGAACAACAUUCCUGGUCGGAAUAUUCGAUACCCAUAACCGUGAGCCAUGGUUCUUCCAUGUCCCCACGUCCGCACAAAGCAACGGUGGAGAUUGUUGUCCAAGGGUGAUGAUUUGAGUUCGCUCAUCGCCCUUGCGUCGGGUACUGUGUGGCAAAGCGCUUCUGCUCCACAGCAGGGGUGGUGCAGAAACGACGCCAAUGGAGGGCAGCGCCAAGGGCAGGAAGGGGAAACCUUUGGGAGAAGAGAUUAAACAAACGAAUUACAAAGUGACGAGUUGCGCAGAAACUUAAACGGAGGCGGUGAACAAAAUGCCACGCAAAAGUCUCUCUCCCCGUGGUCACGUGGAUUUUUUUCUCUGGGUCCUCCGGUUUUCCCUCCAUUUAGAAUCAAUGUGCGUUUUCGAGUAUUUGGCUGAUAUAAAUUUCCACGCGAUAAGCCACUUCGUUGAGAUAUCAUUUGUGGCCAGGUCGUUUCUAAAAAAAAGUGCUACACAGCUCAGUGGGCCUUACCUGGUACAAUAAAAAAAGUUGUUGAGUAGAUUUUGUUUUGUCAGUGUAUAAGGCGCAUGCAAGCCUGUUUCCAGGCGGUUCACGUCAAUCGGGGAGAGAACGAGGGAGCAAGAAGGGAUGGGAAGUGAGGACGAGGGGAGAGUGAGAGAGGGAGAGAGGCAAGUGA